AUGGAUACAAGUAAAUGUCAUAUUGAGUCCAUCACCAUCCAAGGCUUCAAAAGCUACAGAGAUCAGACAACUGUUACACCCUUCUCCCCAGGACACAACGUUGUUGUUGGCAGGAACGGGUCCGGUAAAUCCAACUUCUUCUCUGCUAUUCGUUUCGUCUUGUCAGACGCAUAUACUUCUCUAUCCCGCGAAGAGCGACAGGCGCUGCUACACGACGGCACUUCUUCCUCUGCUACCCUCUCAGCUUUUGUCGAGAUCGUCUUCGCUAAUCCAGACGGUCGCUUCCCUACUGGCAAACCUCAUGUGGUAUUGCGUAGGACAAUCGGUCUGAAGAAAGAUGAGUACUCUCUGGAUAGAAAGUCUGCUAGUAAAGGUGACGUCGUCAAUCUUUUGGAAUCUGCAGGUUUCUCUCGCUCCAAUCCAUACUACAUCGUCCCUCAGGGUAGAAUAUCUUCACUCACAAAUGCAAAAGAUAGUGAACGUCUUCAACUUCUCAAGGAGGUGGCUGGUACACGUGUCUAUGAGUCAAAGAGGACUGAGUCACUCAAAAUUAUGCAGGAAACCAGUUCAAAACGCGAGAAAAUUGUCGAAACUCUCUCUUCUUUGGAAGCAAGAUUGCGAGAAUUAGAUCACGAGAAGGAGGAGUUGAGGGAGUUUCAAGAGAAAGAUCGUGAACGUCGUUGCAUUGAAUACUCCCUUUAUCAACAAGAACUUAAUUCAGUUCUAGCUGCACUCGACAAACUGAAAAAAGACUACGAAUCAGACUUGAGUGAGUCAUCGAAACGCACAAAUGAUCAGCAAGAGAAGGCUCUUGAAUUGCAAUCACUGGAAACCAAGAUAAAUGAUGUUGAACAAGCGCAAAAUCAAGCUUAUAUUGACAAACAACAGAGUGCCGAUGAAUUAUCCGAGCUGUAUAAGAUGCACACCCAACUUGAACUUGCUAUUGAAGACGCUAAGGAAUCCGGUGAAGGGUCGGUGUCUAAACGCGAAGCUCUCACUCGCGAUUUAGAAUCGCUCAAGCAGAGUAUAGACGAACGCGAGAGGGAACUAUCCCAAAUUACAGCUGAUUGGGAGGAGCGUGUAGGAGAGGAAUCUGAUUUGAAGAGAGCACUUGACGAUACUACAGUUCGCAUCACUGCUUUAUACGCCAAACAAGCCCGCGCUUCUCAAUUCAGUAGCAAAGGUGAACGUGAUCAAUACCUCGCAUCUGAAAUUGGAUCUUUGGAGCGCGCGAUACAAACGCGAAAACGAGAAGGGGAUGAUUUGAAUAAUGAGCAAAAUGCAAUCGCACAGCGCAUCUCCAACUGCGAUGCUCGUAUUGAUGAAAUUAUAUCGCGUCGCGAUCAACGAGAUGAUGAGAUAGACAAAGCAAAGGAUGAUCUUGUUAGUUCCAAGAGACAGCGUGUAGAAUUGCUUGACAAUCGUAAAGAAUUGUGGAGGGAGGAGUCUAAAAUUGAGCAGACACUUCAAUGGGAGAGAGAGCAGAAAAACAAAGCAGAGUACAUAUUCCAUCGAACAAUGGAUAAGGAUACCGCGAAUGGUCUUAAAGCUGUCCAAGCCAUCACAACAAGAUUGAAAUUAAAUGGUGUAUUCGGACCGCUGUACACUCUAUUCGAAGUACCUGAUGAAUUCAAAGCAGCUGCUGAAAUUACAGCGAAUACCUCACUCUUCCAUGUUGUUGUCGACAGCGAUGCUACUGCUCAACAAAUUCUCAAUGUCAUGGUUAGAGAGCGCCUUGGUAGGAUUACAUUUAUGCCUAUAAACCGAUUAAAGCCACAGAAUUUCGAUUAUCCAGAAUCUGAUGAUGCAUUACCACUUAUUGAUCAACUCACUUUCAAUCAAGAUCUCUUAUCGGCCUUCAAGCAGGUAUUUGGUAGGACUAUAGUAUGUCCUGAUUUGCAUGUGGCUGGUAGAUACGCGCGCAGCUAUGGUCUUAAUGCUACGACGAUUGAUGGUGACGUUGCAGAGAGGAGAGGUACACUUUCUGGUGGUUUCCACGACAGGUCCAAGAGCCGUUUGGAUGCAGUUCGCCAGCUCAUGGAAUGGCUAACGAGGGUGUCAGCAUCUGAAUAUAGAUCCACUGAAAUCAAACAAAGUAUCGUUAGGCUGGAUCAAGAGUUGAAUGCAUUAGCUUCUAUUUAUACAAGAGCUGAAUCUAAGUUAAGUAGCAUAAGAUCGAGAGACGAGCCGUUAGUCAUUGAGUUAGAGAGGUGCGAGCAAGAUAAGAUUAAAUUACUGCAUCAUGUGAAAGAACUCAAGCAACAAGCAAACGAAUUGGAAAAUGAUGUUGAGGAUAUGCGAGUAAAAGUUGAAGUUUAUAGGGAUGAAAUGCAACAAGCGAUGACAGAGAAACUCUCUGAUGAAGAGGAGAAGCGCCUGAAAAGUCAAUCACAUGAGCAGGUUCAUUUGAAGGGAAGCCUUGCUGAGAAGACAGCUCAAACCACUCAAGUUGAAAGCAGGAAGGAACUGCUGGAGGUUGAAAUAAACGAGAAUUUGAGAAGAAACCGAGCACUGAUCGAAUUCCGUUUAAGAAAGCUUGAUAAUUCGCCAUCAGAAGAUGCUGAAGAGGAUGAAGUUUCAAAAGAAGAAGAACUCAAGUUAACAGACAAACGCAUUGCCAAACUUCAAAAACAACUGCGUAAGAUUGAAGACGAUAUAAACGGUUAUGAGAAUGAGACAAAGGAAAUUAGGGAUAGCAUGGAUGGUAUCCACCAAGAGCAAGAGAGCGAGAGUCGUGCGAUUGGCAAGCAAGCCAAGAGUGUUGAAAGAUAUCAUGCAAAGACAAAAACCCUACAGUCGCGUAGAAUAGAAUUUCAAAGAAAUAUUCGCGAUCUUGGUGUCCUUCCUGAAGAAGCCUUCACGAGGUACACCAAUACAUCCUCCGAUAGAUUAUUGAAGCAGUUGUCUAAAGUACGCAAAGCCCUGAGUGGUUACUCACACGUAAACAAGAAGGCAGUUGAACAAUUCAUGACCUUCACCGAGCAAAGAGAUGAGCUUAUACAGAGGCGUGAUGAACAGGAUGAGGGUGCUGAUAGUAUUCAAGAACUCAUUCUUCAUCUUGAUCAGCGUAAAGAUGAAGCCAUUGAGCGCACAUUUAAGCAAGUAAGCAAGUACUUUAGUGAAGUGUUUGAGAAAUUGGUACCUGCAGGACACGGCAAUCUUAUCAUGCAGAAACGCAUACAGGGUGAUAACGAAUCUUCCGACGAGGAAGAAGAAAGAAGCUCAACUGACAAUUACACUGGCGUGUCUAUCAAAGUGUCGUUUACAUCCAAGACGGACGAGGGUGUGAGAAUAGCACAGCUUUCUGGUGGUCAGAAAGCAGUUGUUGCACUCGCAACGGUGUUUGCUAUACAACGUACAGACCCGGCGCCUUUCUACCUCUUCGAUGAGAUAGAUGCAGCGCUCGAUGCACAGUACAGAUCAUCUGUAGCUUCGAUAAUCAGCGAGUUGUCACAAUCUGCUCAGUUUAUCACAACUACUUUCAGACCUGAACAGAUUAGUGUUGCAGACAGAUUCUACGGAGUUAUGUUCACCAACCAAAAAAUAUCCACUAUCACACCGAUUCGAAGAGAAGACGCGCAGGAAUUCGUUACGACGGAAGCGACAGGCACUGGUUAG